AUGUCUCUUACAAAUUGGAGACAGUUCCCGUUCUUCGAGAGCGUGCCGAUCCAGGACCCGAACUACGGCACGCCCAAUGCGCUGUACUCGGACUUAGGCGUGAGUGCGAUUUCCGCCACGCCGGACCUGCUUGUGCUCGCCACGGCUCAAGGCUCGGUCAGGCUCGUGAACAAGCUGUUUGAACCCGUGUUCGAGUUCCAGGCAUACGAGCUCGGCUGGGACAUCACCCGGGUCCUGUUUGUGCCGUUCCAGGGUAUCGACGGCCACAAUGGGUUUCUGUGCACAAUCGCCGAGAAACAGGGCCAGCCCGUCACUUUGAAGCUGUGGGACCUGGCCAAGAUCCAGACCUUGCGCAAACUCGACUACAACACCGAUUACCACUCCCUGUGCCAGGUAACUAACGGAACAAACGAUUUCCCACUCACGUGUUUCGACUCCACCCCAGCCUUCUCCGUGCUAGUGUUUGGGUUUGCCAACGGAACAGUCAUUGUGGUGCGGGGCGAUCUGCUCCACGACCGCGGAUCGCGGCAGCGCGUGGUGUACGAGUCCAAAGACCCGAUCACAGGAGUCCAUUUCCGCGACGACUCGAUGCUGUACGUGUCGAACGUUUCCACGAUAUUCACCAUCCCAACCACCGGCCGCAACCAGGGUCGUCCCGACCGCGUGCUGGACGACUCAAUGGGCGUCGAUAUCAACUGCAGUGCCGUGGUGCAUGACCAGAAACGCAACUUGGUGGUCGCCAGAGACCAGAGUCUCCAGUUCUACAACUUACGGGGCAAAACUCACAACUUGUUGCUGGACAUUCCUAAACGUCGCAUCUUCACCUACAAGGACCGGUACGUUGUCAUUGUGAGCAGUGUGAGCUCGAGCUUGACGGCUGCGUCGUCAAUUGUCACCAAUAAGCUGAUUGUCGUCGACGUGGUGAACAAGUUCAUCGCCUUGAACCAGACAAUCACAAACACAGUGGUGGAGAUCUUCGUUCUCUGGGACAGUCUCUACGUAUUCAACUCGGACGGAUUGCUUUUCCAGCUCAAAGAGAAAGAUCUGGCCGAAAAACUGGACUUGCUCGUGCAACGCGAACUGUUCAACAUUGCCAUUAAACUCGCCGAGGACGAAAACUACAGCGCCGAGCAACUUCUUAAGAUCCGCAAACAGUACGGAGACUACUUAUACGACAAGGGAGAGCUUGAAGAGGCAACUAAACAGUACAUGGACAGCAUAGAUCUCGGGAAAACAAGCGAGAUCAUCCAAAAAUACAAAGAGAGUUUCAAAAUACCGUUUCUGGCUGAGUACCUCGAGAAACUCGUCAGCACUGGGAAGUCGUCGAUCGACCACACCACUCUGCUUCUCUGCUGCUACUGCAAGCUGAAGAAACCAGAAAAAAUCCAGGAGUACUACGAGUCAGUCCCAAUAGACGAGGACUACCAGGUCAUUGAGAAACACAGAGAGUUCGACAUGCAAACUAUCAUCAGUGUUUGUCGCGAGAGCGGGUACUCUGUUCUUGCGGCCAACAUUGCAAAAAAGUUCAAUGUUCCGUCGAUCGUGGUGGAUAUCCAGCUGCAUGACAUGAAGAACUCAGAGCUCACCAUGAAGUACAUUCGCACACUACCAAUAGACGAUCUGUUACGCGUUCUGAUCGACAAUGUGAAAUGGUUUUUGGACUCGGUGCCCAACGAGUGCACCUUGCUUUUGAUCGAUGUCUUCACGGGAAGAUAUAGUCCAGAGCCUGCAUUUGACCUGGAGGAGCUCUCUGCUGCUCCCAAAUCCAACGUCAGUCACCCAAUUCUAACUUCGUACAGACAGUUUGUCUCGUUCAUGAACCUCGCGGACACAGAGGAGCUUCCAGACACACAGCCAACGUACCUGCCACCGCGUCCGCGGAUCAUCUUCCAGUCGUUUGUCAACCAUCCGAACGAGUUUGUCAUUUUCCUAGAAGCGUGCAUCGAGAGCUACGACAAGUUUGGCGGCAACGAAAAGGACAAAAAGGACAUCAUGAUUACGCUGUACGAGAUGUAUCUGACAAUGUCCACCACUAAGGACAAAGCAGAGACCGCAUUAUGGCAGGGAAAGGCCAAAGCUUUACUUGAAACAAUCCAAAAGAGCCAGUGGGAUUUACAAGACCAGACAGACCUGCUUCUGCUGUCGAAUCUCGGCGAGUUCAACGAAGCAGAAAUUAUCAUCAGAGAAACAGCAGACGACUCUGCUCAAGGUUUCGAACUGGACAUGUUCAGGUCUUCAAUACUGGCGCAAAAUUAUGAUAAAUCAUUAGAAAUCAUUGAGAAAUACGGUAGCAAGGAGCCAGACUUAUAUAAAUUGGCGCUUUCCGUUUACACGUCGUCAGAAAAAGUGUUCAACCAGAUCGGGGAAGAGAAAGUGGCCAGUUUGAUAAUGAAGAUUGACUCGCUUAAACUUAUGACCCCGUUGGAGCUGGUGAAACUUCUCAGCAAGACUUCCUUUGUCAAGCUCGGCUUGAUCAAAGGAUAUUUAGUUGAGCACAUUGGUCGCCAGAAACAGGAGAUUGCCAAGAACGAGAAGUUGAUCCAGUCGUAUCAGCAGGAGGCCGCGACAAUUUCCGACGAGCUGGCGAAACAGAACUCAGAGCCGCAGGUCAUCAACCGGUCGAAAUGCUCAUCGUGUGGACGCUCUCUUUCGUUCCCGAUUGUUCACUUCAGAUGCUCCCACUCGUACCACGAAAGCUGUUUGGCAAACGAAUUCACGCAGUCCUCUUCGGCCGAACAGUCGUGCCCCAAGUGUGCCGGUGAGCUCGACACCCUGGCCAUCCUGACUAAGCAACACGAAGAGGCCGGAAAGCGCAACGACUUGUUCAAGGCCAGUCUGGUGGACAGCAGCGAUAGAUUCAAAGUCAUGAUGAGCUUCUUUGGUCGCGGUGCUAUGCAGCAGACCAAAACCAUUUGGCAGGAUAAAUAA